AGGUCAGGUAAGGGUGCCAUCCACAUGUGGAACCUGAACACCAGGAGGGCCGAGACGGUUGUAGAAGGGCAUUCUGGGAACUCAGUCGUGUGGGUCAACACACUGCGGGGGACAGACACUCUCAUCAGUCAGGGACGGGACAUGCGAGUGUGUCUGUGGGAUCUGAGUGAGGGUCGCAGGGCGGUGCUGGACUCGCUGUGGACCGGCAGCGUUGGGUUCUGUCAGUGCUCGCUGCUGGAGAUGAGUACCGGGACACAUCUGCUGGCCUUCGCUGGACAACAGACCGAAGAGGUUAGACAUCAGCAAUGAAACUCUAAAUUGUCUUUG